UCUUUCUUCCUCCCUCCCUGGCCCUCCCUUCCUCUCUUCCUCCUUUCCUCCUUUCCUUCCCUCCUUCCUCAAAUAUAACAGUUAAAUUUCAAAAUUGACUUGUUCUAACUUUUCUUGACUGAAAGCCAUACCCAAAAUUUCCUAGCAAUUUAUCAUUCCUGAAAACAACUGGAGCAAGUGUGGGAGGCUUCAUUUGGAAAGAGAGAUUAAAAACUAAGUUCUGAGUUGGUACUUAUUAAAGUAGGCUUGAUCAGAGAUAUAGAUCCAGAGAAAACAGUAGAAAGCCAGGAGAAGGAGACUGGACAAACAUCCUACUUCUCCCAGGGAUGACACUCAAGACUUGAGAAAAAUGACUAAGUAUGUAAGGCCAAUGCAUAAAGAACAGCCCAAUUAGUAUGGAAUUGUAUACCAAUUGAGGUACUAGGUGCUAUAGGAGAUACAAAGCAAUUUAAAAUAAGAAUUGGCAUUUAUAUAGACAUUUGAUGUUUGCAAAGCACUAUAAAUAUGCAACACCUUGCUUUGGGCUCACUUUUUCUACUCCAACUGGAACCUGGAAGAUUGGGUCCCCUGAAGGGUGGUUGGUCGAAGAGUGCUGCCUUCAGCAUAGUUUCUUAAACAAUCAAACAAUAAAACUCAGUUCUUUAGCAAAGGUAUUUACUCAAAUAGCACAUUAAGAAAAGUAAUUACAAGGGAGCCAUUAGAUGACUCAAUGACUAGAGAGCCAAAUGGAGAGACUGGAAGUCUUGGGUUAAAUCUGACCUCAGAUACUUCUAGCUUUGUGACCCUGGGCAAACCUAACCCCCCACUGCCUUCCCACUCUUCAUCCUUGGAACCAAUACACAAUAUUGAUUCUAAGACAGAAGAUAAGGAUUUUAAAAACUCUAUGUAUUGUUACCAUAAUAUAAUAAUAAUACAACAUGACAUGAUAGAUGACAUUAUAUGAUGUGGUAUGAUAUGAUAUGUUAGGACAUAAUAGGAUAUGAUAUAACAUAAUUAUAUAACAUAACAUAAUGUAAUAUAAUAUGACACAACACAAUACAAUAUAUAAUAUAAUAAUACUGUGUAUUGGUUAGAUUUGAAUCUAGGUCCUCUAGUCUCCAAGCCAGGCUCUCAAUGUCAUUGAGUCACCCCCAAUACAUAGUAUUAGUUCUAAAAUGGAGGGUAAGGGAUUAAAAAAAAAAGAAAAGUAAUUACAAAGCAUUUCUACCUCUUCCUCCAGCCAGACAAAACCAACGGAACAACCAAACAAAAGAAAGUUCUUCUUCAAAUACGGAGUCUUUGGAGCCUUGAGGUCCAUAUGCAGGGCUUUGCUGUUUUUCCUUGGAGCUUGCUAGUUUGUGGUGAAGCAGGCCAUUAAUGUCAGAAUUGCUUUAUUACUCAGCUGAACUGGUUCAUUUCAGGGUUUUGUGGAUUGGGUGGACAAGUGUGCUGCUGGCCUGGGUGAGGGCUGGGGGCUGCCCUGGUUAAGCCUGGUAGGUUGCUCAGCCACUGAGCUCUUCCCAGUAUGCUGCAUCUUUGCCAGACUGGCAGACUGGCUAAGAGCUGCAUUUUCUUCAGCUGGAGAAUCACAACCUUUCUGGAUUGGCAGAAUCUUCUUCUUUUUCCUCUUGAAUUCCUUUCAGAGAUGCAUUUGGCUCAGGUUAUUUUCUACCACGACUAAAGAACUGAGAAAGAUUCGAUGUUGUUUAGUCAUGUCUGACUCUUUGUGACUCUCUCUGGUAUUUUCUUGGCAAGAAGACUGGAAUGGCUUUCCAUUUCUUUUGAGACAAACAGGGUUGAGUGACUUGCCCAGGGUCACACAGCUAAUAAAUGUCUGAGACCAGAUUUGAUUUUAGGAAGAUGAAUCUUUCUAACUCCAGGCCCAGCACUCCAUCCCCUUAGCCACUUAGCUCUCCAGAAAAAGUUUAACUUUCCUUACCCAGACAAUCCUGGAUACUUCAAAAGCCUUUUCCUUUGGAAGACACCCCUUGCCUUAGGGUGAUUGUUGUUCUCAAUUCAGUCAGUUCUGCUUCCUCUACUUCUUUUCGUACCUAACUCAGAAGAGUGACCAGGAACAAAGGUAUGAAUGAAGUCUGUGCCCUGGAGGCACAUUCUUUGUCUAGCUGAUCUCCUCAUACACAAUUGAGUAAUUCAAGCUUGUGGAGCUUUCCGGGGUGGAGAAUGUCUAUUUUGCCUUGGCUUUACUUUUCAAUGUACUUUUCAAUUUUAGUCGAAAACCCACCUGCUUUGAUUAGACUCUCCUAGGUGCUUCCUCUCACUCAUUCAGGAUAUCAUUUAAACCUCACCUCAAUCCUGUGAGGGAGACACCUCAUAAUUACCCCAAUUGUACAGAUGAGGAAAACUGAGGCACAGGAAGAUUGUGAUUUAGCCUUUAUGGGGAAGAGUAAGACAGAACUGAAUAACAUCCCCUGCCCCUCCCCCCCUUAUUAAAUGAGAGCCAAGAUUCUUCCCUAACGAGUCUUGCAUUGAAGGGACCAAACUUCACCAUCAAAAGGCUUAUACUUUAGUUGGAAAAUGAAGAAAUGGACUCAUGCAAAGUUUCCUAGAUGAGCAGCUCCUCCUAAGAGUCAAAGGAGUGGUACAGAUCUUAAGUGUUUUUGAGAGGAGAGAUCACCCGCAGGUAGAUGGAUGCUCAGGGGAAAAACAGUGAGGAAAAGGAUUUUAUUUGGUCCUUACAGCACAGACAUCAUCUCUAUAGGUGGAGAGAGCGAGGAGGGAAAGGAGCAUUGAGAGCCUGAGGAGGGAGAGUGAGGAGAGGCAGGGAACUGAAAAUGUAUAAAUCAGUUAAGAGGCUGGCAAAUGCUUCAGUUUGGCCAGAGUGGAGGGAUUUGUACAAGUCUGGGAAGUCCAGGGCCAGGAAAUAGGAAGUUAGCUUUCCUGAAGGGCUCUGAUCAGCAAGGCACAGGAUUUGAACCAGAGCCUGCUCUCUCUCUGGAGGCUAGGAGGCCCCACAGGUACAGCUAGCCUUGUUGGCACCUGCCGGGUGUGUGUGCACCCAGGCGGUUCUUGGCUUGUGCUUACAAGGACAACCCUCUGAAGAGUCGCGGAUGUAUUCCUGUUGCUGAGAAAGGAAGAACAGCAGAUACUGGCCUCAGCCUGGGCAUCUCUCGCCACAGAUGGAGCCCAGCGCACCCCUCCUCUCUUCCCACUCCUCAGACUCCUGCCCUCAUCCGAGUUCCGUCUACAGCACGCGUGCCUCUCCCAUUGACGCGGGACCGAGAGUGAGUCAAGCUUGCGUCACGAGCUCAGCGGAAAGAGUGGCCUUCCGGAAAACCAGGGACAGUGCAAAGUGCUGCUGUCCCCAGUGCUGAUCGGGGCAUCCAGGCGCGACUCCAGGGCGAAGGGCAGGGCUGAGCUGAGCAAAGGCUAGGGCGCGGGCCGCCAGAUUAGGUAUCCUCCCGUCGGCGCUGGCAGGGAGAAAGGCACGGAGGCCAGGGGCGACCUCGCCACCACCGUUAUCUGGCUCUGCCACCCUGGUGACUUCAAGGUGGGGCCACCCCAAGCGAGCCUCCACGAGCUCUGUGCAGCAGCCCUAGGAGCAGAGGGCCCAGAUUGCUUGACUGGAAGGACUGGCGCUACUGAACGAGGCGAGGAGUGAAGUGAGGGGGGCCGAAGGGGGCGAGGGGGGCGGGAGUGCUUGUCGCGUGCGCCGGCGCGCCAGCUCCGCCUGGAAACGCAGCCCCAGCUCUGGGCAGUCUUCCUAGCGCCCCACUGCACCCAGGCUGUCAGGCGGCUGGACACGGGUGUAAGUGAGCGAGCCCUCGGAGCUGGGGACUCGGGACCCAGCUGGGCUGCCCCGGCUGUGCUGGGUGCCGGCCACCAGGGCGGAGGCUCCACGGAGUCCACCGGACAGGUUUCCUGAAUGAGAAGGAGCUGAAGGCAGCUCCCAUCCCACAUUCUCUGCAAACUCAGGGGUGGGGGCCUUGGGGCCCUGGGGGUCACCAAUGCCGAAGAACAGCAAAGUGACGCAGCGGGAGCACAGUAACGAGCAUGUCACCGAGUCUGUGGCUGACCUGCUGGCCCAUGAGGAACCGGUGGACUACAAGCACAGUGUCCUGAACAUGGCUGGAGAGACUCAAGACAAACAGAAGGAUGUGGAGGAAGACCUAGAGGCUGAGGAUAGGCCUGCCUGGAACAGUAAGCUACAGUACAUCCUGGCACAGAUCGGCUUCUCUGUGGGCCUGGGCAAUGUCUGGAGGUUCCCAUACUUAUGCCAGAAAAAUGGCGGAGGUGCCUACCUCGUGCCCUACUUGGUGCUGCUAAUCAUCAUUGGAAUCCCGCUCUUCUUCUUAGAACUGGCUGUGGGCCAAAGGAUACGCAGGGGCAGCAUUGGAGUGUGGCACUAUGUGUGCCCCCGUCUGGGUGGCAUUGGCUUCUCCAGUUGCAUUGUCUGCCUCUUUGUUGGGUUGUAUUACAAUGUGAUCAUCGGCUGGAGUAUAUUUUAUUUCUUCAAAUCCUUCCAGUAUCCAUUGCCCUGGAGUGAGUGCCCUAUUAUUAGGAAUGGAACUACAGCAGUGGUAGAAGAAGAGUGUGAUAAGAGUUCAGCUACCACCUACUUCUGGUACCGAGAGGCUCUGGAUAUCUCCAACUCCAUCUCAGAGAGUGGGGGGCUUAAUUGGAAGAUGACCCUGUGCCUCCUUGUGGCUUGGAGCAUUGUGGGUAUGGCUGUGGUCAAGGGCAUUCAGUCUUCUGGGAAGGUGAUGUAUUUCAGCUCCCUUUUCCCCUAUGUGGUGCUGGCCUGCUUCCUGGUCCGGGGGCUGUUGCUGCGGGGAGCUGUGGAUGGAAUCCUGCACAUGUUUACUCCAAAGUUAGACAAGAUGCUGGAUCCCCAGGUGUGGCGAGAGGCAGCCACCCAGGUCUUCUUUGCCUUGGGGUUGGGCUUUGGGGGUGUCAUCGCCUUCUCCAGCUACAACAAACAGGAUAACAACUGCCACUUUGAUGCCGCUCUUGUGUCCUUCAUCAACUUCUUCACCUCGGUGCUGGCCACCCUGGUAGUGUUUGCUGUGCUGGGCUUCAAGGCCAACAUCAUGAAUGAGAAGUGUGUGGUCGAGAAUGCUGAGAAGAUCCUUGGGUACUUGAACACCAACGUCCUGAGUCACGAUCUCAUCCCACCCCACGUCAAUUUCUCCCACCUGACUGCCCACGACUACAGUGAGAUGUACAAGGUCAUCAUGACCGUCAAGGAGGACCGAUUCAAGGAGCUGGGUCUGGAUCCCUGUCUCCUGGAGGAUGAACUCAAUAAGUCUGUUCAGGGGACAGGCCUGGCUUUCAUUGCCUUCACUGAGGCCAUGACCCACUUCCCAGCCUCUCCCUUCUGGUCAGUCAUGUUCUUCCUAAUGUUGAUCAACUUGGGCCUGGGCAGCAUGAUCGGGACCAUGGCUGGGAUCACCACACCUAUCAUCGAUACCUUCAAGGUGCCAAAGGAAAUGUUCACAGUUGGAUGCUGCAUCUUUGCAUUUCUUGUGGGACUCCUGUUUGUCCAGCGCUCUGGGAACUACUUUGUCACCAUGUUUGAUGACUACUCAGCUACUCUGCCCCUCACCGUCAUUGUCAUCCUAGAGAAUAUCGCUGUAUCCUGGAUUUAUGGGACCAAGAAGUUCAUGCAAGAGCUGACGGAGAUGCUGGGCUUCCGCCCCUACCAGUUCUAUUUCUACAUGUGGAAGUAUGUGUCCCCGCUGUGUAUGGCUGUUCUCACCACUGCCAGCAUCAUCCAGCUGGGUGUCACCCCACCAGGCUACAGUGCCUGGAUCAAGGAGGAGGCGGCAGAACGGUAUCUCUAUUUCCCCAACUGGGCCAUGGCUAUUCUGAUCACGCUCAUCGUCCUGGCUGUUCUGCCCAUUCCGGUUGUCUUCAUCCUACGCCAGUUUCACCUGCUGUCAGAUGGCUCCAACACCCUUUCUGUGUCCUACAAGAAGGGCCGGAUGAUGAAGGACAUCUCCAACUUGGAAGAAAAUGAUGAAACCCGAUUUAUCCUGAGCAAGAUGCCCAGCGAGACUCCCUCCCCAAUGCCAACCCAUCGAUCCUACCUUGGCCCAGGAAGCACAUCGCCCCUGGAGAUGAGCAGCGCCCCCAAUGGACGCUAUGGGAGUGGAUAUCUGCUGGCCAGCACCCCUGAGUCUGAGCUGUGACCACUGUCACUCUACUUUCCACCCUCCAUUCCCCUGCCCUGCCUCUCUGGUCUACUCUCCUAUUUACUGCCCAUAUUCCUGACCGGUGGUGGUACCAUCCCCAAUUCAACUGGCUAUUGGAUUCUCAGAGCCACCACCUUGCCUCUAUAGAAUCAUUCCUGGGACCUUUCUCAGUGUAAGGAUCAAGGGGUUGGGAACGUGUUCCCUUCUCCACUACCCCCCCCCCAUGUUUGUCUGUCUCUAACUCAAACCAUCCCCUUUCAUACCUCUAGCCAAAUUAUGCACCCUAGGAGGUGCCAUCACAAUAGUUUAGGUGCUGUGGUGGCUGUGUCAGAGAUGACUCAGGAAUCUGGAUUCCCAGCCCAGCAGCUAUUCCAGGUGACUCCUGAGGCAUCCCUUUCAACUCUCUCCCUGUUUUCUGCCACCUUGGGUUCUCUCUUUUGGUGUUUUCUUGCUGUUUACCUGGAUAGAGCUUGAUGAGACAGUGACUCCAAUAAGACUGAAAAUUCCUCUCUUGGGAUCAGCAGGUUACCCUCCGGAAAGAUGCUCCCCCUUUCCCCUCCUUAGAGGUGCAGGUAGUGGCUAGGGUGGGCUCAAAGUCUGUCUUCAGGCCUGAGGUUUUAGGAGCAGGGCCCUCCUUGUGCCUGACCCUGACAGAGGAGGGGAGUGGGGAAUGGGGAGUCCAUUCUGUGUCUAAGAUCUAGCAGCAAUAUUCCUGCUAUUGCCCCAAAUGAUCGAGAUCUCACUCAGGGACCAGGAUAAGGAUCUUUCCCACCUAUGGGGGAGAAAAAAGACAGUGAAAUAUUGUAGGAUGCCACUUUUACCAUGCGUGUACACAUCCAUCCAUCCAUCCAUUCAUCCUACUGUCUGUCUCCUCAUGUCUUUGAGGAUAACUCUGACUGGGGCCAGGUCAGUGUCUCCACUUGGCAAUGCCCUGCUUUACCCACAUGUUAUAUUGCUGUCAGCUCUGAAUCAAAUCUGGGAUGGGAAACACCCCUUUUCCCCCUAGGGGCAGUGACCUCUGACUCUCUCCAGACUCUGCUCCAGGGAGCAAGGAUAGUUGGGAGUGAGGUGAGAUGGGGGCAGAGGGCAGCUCCCAAACUUGUUUUGAGAAGCACACAAUUUCCCCUCUCGUCCCCACUGCCACCAUUCCAGGCAGGGGACAGUAGUCCUUCUCUCCACUGGCAGCUACUUCCUCCAGAGCAGGAGGACCCUGGGGUCUAGGGGAAUUCUCUGUGCUCCUAGGAGGGUAGGGGGGCUCUGGCCCAGGACCUGCCUUGCCUAUGGUUGGUCAAAUAGGCACAGGGUGGAGAAGUCCUCAGGUCUGGGGUAAAGAGUUCCAAUUUCACUGCCUCCUCAGCCCUGAUGGUCACUCUCACACUGCACAAUCCCUUCAGGACUUUGCACAAGCCCAAUGACAACACCACUGUCACUAUGACUCCCUCUCCAUCUCUUGCAGAAUUCCUCUCUUCCCCCUAUCCUCUACCUCCCCCACUUUAGAACCACUCCCACAUCUCAUAGGUCCCAUCUCACAGGGAGCUUAACAGAAUCCUUCUGCUUCAAGGGAGAGUGGACCCUGCCCUGAUGAGUAAGUUCCUUUAGACUCAGAAGGUAAAGUGGCUUAUGGAGCAAAACUCAAAUCCAGGUCCCAUGACACCGAAUCCAAGGUCCUUUACAUAACAUUAUGCCCAGUAUUCUCAUCUGGACUUGCUUGGGUGAGGGCUAGCCCCGCAAGGGGAGACAGGAUUUCUGAACACAAACAUGGAAUCACAGGACCUGAGUUCAAAACUUGGUUCUAUCACUUGCUACUUGUAUAUGUAAAAUAACCUGCAAAACAAGGGUGUUGGACUAGAUGACCCCUAAGGUCCUUUUCUGCUCCUGAUUCUACAAUAAUGGUGGGGAGAAGGGACCUUAGAAUAGUGCAGAUGAAUAAAACAUCCUCUGUGCUUCAGAAUCGAAUUGGAAAUGGGAUAUUUGAUGCACAAAUUGAAAAAUUACUGAAUGAAUCCCCCCCAAAAUUUUCCCUGGAUUAGAGACUGAACCUCUGCCUUUCGAAACUUCCUCCAAGGCAAGCAUAUUAGUGUCUGUGCUUAGACCAGGUCCCUGAAGUACCUUCCCUGGAUGUGGCCAAGGUUUCACUCAGGAUUGGGGGGGGGGUACAGACUGAGCUUAGGAUCCCCUCCUCCUCUCUCCCUCUUCUGCGCUUUGGCCAUCCCCUUCCAUUUUCUCAUCUUCCAUUGUGCCUACCCUAAUCUCAUUUCCUGACUGCUUCUUCCUUGUCUUGUUUCCCCCUCUCUCUUCUUAGGGCCUCCUGGGUAGGAGGACCUUAUUUCCCCGGUAGAGUGAGCAUAUGGAUGAAUCUGUCCCAAUCUACAGUGCCCUCCACCUCCCAGAGACUGAUUAUUCCUCCCUUUUCCCAUCCCCUCCUUAGCCCUGAGUUUGAUCUCCAGUGAAAUUAGGCAGGGAAAAGGAAAUUUAAAAGCCCAAGAGAGACAAUACAUUAUAUAUAAUAUAUAUAUAAUAUUCUAUAUAUUCAAUUUCUAUUGUAUAUAUGAUCUGUACAUGUUCGUGUAAAUGCUGUUUAAUGAGAAGCCCAAAGCAGUGGUUAGUGGACUAUUUUCAUCCUCAGUGCUGUACAGAUAUAUUUUCAUUGUAUAUUUGAUAUUUCUAAUUUUUUUUAGUGUUUGGCCGGGUCAGAGUCCAGCCUGGCAGCCUGCAGGGGCAGGGCGCUGGGCUGGCAUGGGGGGAACCACUCUUUUGUUUUCUGUGGGGUUCAGUAUUGCAUUGUGACCAUUCACCGUAGGCUGGGGCCCAGUUCCAGCUGUGUUUUUGCUAUGUGUUAGCCCUAGAGCUCCUUCACUAAGUGAGUAGGAAGUUUGUGCAGGAGUGUGUUAGGAUUCGUGAUCCGUUGUGUCUAUUGCUUCUCCGGGCCUCUUACCCCCUCCUGCCUGCUGCUGUCCCACACUAGACCUUGGACUGAGAUCCUAGAAAUGAGGGGAGAAAAAAGGCCCCCACCGGUGGGGUGUCCUUUACCUAUUGGGUUGGGUUUGUUUUUUUUGCCUUGGGACAACAAAGGCCUUAGUCUGGAGAGUAAAUUUCACCCCAGGGUGAUGUGUGACUGUGUGUCUAUUUGUCUGUCUGUCUGUCUGUCUGUGAGUAGCCAAAGUGAGCUAGAGCUCUAUGGAUCCCGUGUGUUUGGAAGUGGUUUGUAUUUGUACAUGGGCAGGAACAGGGCCUAGUGGAGUAAGCCAUCACCAUCCUGGCCACUCUUCAGACACAGAGAAACCUUCUCUUCCUACCUAAACCUUCUCUUCCCACCAAAAACUUAGGUACUCCCGUCAGGUUCAUAGUCCCUCCAAACAGGGGGGAGGUCCUUCCACUGAUCCCCCUGCCUCCAUGCUUAUCGCCCCUGACAGUGAAGUAAGCUUAGCUUGGUAGGUUGGCAUGAGUAUGUAGAAAGCAAAUUGAAGGAGUCUCUGCUGUUAUUAGAGACUUUGAGGUUCUGUGGUUUGGAUUACUGGGGACAAAGUGCUAGACUGGAAGAGUGGGGGAGUACAGAGGCAGCCACACUAUCCUGUAACCAAAACUCCAAUUUGUCUCCUUUGUGGAGUGGAAGAGUUUGGGUGAUGAGGACCGAAGACUAGCCUCUGGGAUCCUAGGAGACAGGUUCCUGGGAAUGGGAGGCAUUACUUUUUGUGUCCUCUGCUCAACUUCCCUAAUUACUGUUCCACUAGGUCAAAUGCAUUCAUUAAGGAUUCAGAAUUCAUAUGCAAGAAGCCAAAGGUAACCAGAUGGCCUCAGACAAAAUCUUCCCCUCCCCUACUCAGGUUCCCCGUUAUUCCCACGGUCGCCAUCUUCCCGGAGGACUCUCCUUUGGUAUGGACGGCCCAGGGAGCAUCCAGCCCACUACUGGGAGUCAUGGCCAGAGCAUCACAGAGGAGAAAGUUGGACAGGAGCUGAGCAAAUCCCUGUUUCCCCUCCUGCUCCUAUCACCAGCUUCUUGCUCAGGGAGAUUUUUUUUUCCUCCACUGUUCUAGCAAAGGCACUCUGCCAAGAACCAAGGCUAGGCUCUCUUGAGAUAUUGGGAAUGCGGAAGGGGCCAGUGCCAACCUGAAUGGGAACAGCUGGACACAGGGUAGGGUGAGGCUUCCCUUUUCUUAAUUCUCUCCCCCAGGAGUCAAGUGAGCCUGAGCAGGUGUGGACAGGCUCCCAGUCCAGAGAGCCUUUUGCUUUCAAGCAAUAAGUGCCCCAUAGUGUUGGGACAAUCCCUUAGAAGUGAGUCUGAUGUUAGCUGUGUAAUCUGUGGCCUGUGAGCUGCUAUUAGAAGCUGCUGGUGGUCUUGGCCUCCAAUGCUUGCCCUGCAGUAUUACUAUUGGUUCCUAUGAUCAACACAUUUCCGCCCUUUUCCCCAUCCUUCAAUCCUGUCCAAAGUUGUUGGCUUGCCCACCUGCUCUGAAUGAGGGGCAUUUGGUUUUGCCCCUCAGAAAUGCCUAAUACCUGCCCCUCUACCCCAGGCUACCAGAUUUAACACCCCUCUCCAACAUUGUUUGCUUACCUCCCUCCCUCUAGCUCAAUGACCCAUCUCAAGAUCUUUCUCAGUUGAAGAUACUGAAUUUGGCCCAGAAUUCUUUGCACAUCCUGGAGACAGCUAAAAGUGGUUUCCUGAGGAGGAUUAGCAAGCAAAUCUCCCAGGAGGAGAGUCCAAGCUCUUGUUCCCAGAUCCUCAAGUUCUGGGGUUCAGAUUCGUUUCCUAAUUAGGAUUGAGACCCAGGACUAGGACGGGGAGGAAGGUUCUCAAGGACAGAUGGAGGCCACUGUCUCCUCGCCCAGGUUCUAUUGUACAGAUAUUUAGAUAUAAGCACACAAUUCAUAGCCACUUGGUUUUCUAGUCAAAGUUUAAAUCCAGUUCAGUCCAAAACAUCCCUCCCCUCUCUUAUCCCCUCUCCCCAAGAGGUAGCCAGUCAGAGCUCUAAUUACAAACUGCCCUACUCCAGGAGGAGGGAACCCAACAGUCCCUCUGAACCCCCUGCCACCCCGCAAUGGGGCACAAUAAAGUAUCUGUUCUUACCAA